AUGCAGAUCUUGAUGAAGACCCUGACUGUCAAGACAAUCAUCCUCAAGUUUGAGCCCAGUGACACCAGUGAGAAUCCAAAAGCUAUAAUUCAAGGCAAGGAAGGCAUCCUGCCUGACCAGCAGUGCCUGAUUUUUGCAGGUAAACAGUUGGAGGAGUGCUGUACUCUCAGACUGCAACAUUCAGAAAGAACCCACCCUGCACUUGUGUUUCAUCUGUGGGGUAGCAUCACUGAGCCCUUCCCCCACCAAUUCAUCCAAAAGUACAACUGUAGAAAGAUGAUCUGCUGCAAAUUCUAUGUCUGCCUGUACCUCAGUGCUGUCAACUGCCGCAAGAAAAAGUGUGGCCGUACCAACAACCUGUGCCCCAAGAAGGUUAAAUAA